AUGGUUUUGUCCUCUGUUCUUGGUUUCCCUCGCAUUGGCGCUCAUCGUGAACUUAAGAAGGUCACUGAAUCUUACUGGUCUGGCAAGGCUACUGUUGAAGAACUUUUCAAAGUCGGAAAGGAGAUUCGUGCUCACAACUGGAAGCUUCAAAAGGAGUCCGGUGUUGACAUCAUUGCUUCUAAUGACUUCUCUUUUUACGACCAGGUUCUUGACCUUUCCCUUCUUCUUAAUGUGAUCCCUGAGAGAUACAGCAAGUACAACCUUCCUGCUAUUGACACUCUUUUUGCCAUGGGUCGUGGUCUUCAGCGUCCUGCCACUGAGUCUACUUCUGCUGUUGAUGUUCCUGCUCUUGAGAUGGUUAAGUGGUUCGACUCCAACUAUCACUACGUUCGUCCUACUUUCUCUCACUCCACUGAAUUCAAGCUCAAUGGCCAGAAGCCUGUUGAUGAGUACUUGGAGGCUAAGGAGCUUGGUGUUGAGACCAGACCUGUUCUUCUUGGUCCCGUUUCUUACCUUUUCUUGGGUAAGGCUGAUAAGGACUCUCUUGAUCUUGAUCUUCUUUCCCUUCUCCCCAAGCUUGUUCCUGUUUAUGCUGAUCUUUUGAAGAAGCUUGCUGAUGCUGGUGCCAAGAAUGUUCAGAUUGAUGAACCUGUUCUUGUUCUUGAUCUUCCUGAAUCUUACAAGGCUGCUUACAAGUCUACCUACGAGACUCUUUCUAAGUCUGGUCUUCAAAUCAUCCUUGCCACCUACUUUGGUGAUGUUAGACCCAACCUUGAUGCUAUCAAGGGUCUUCCUGUUGCCGGUUUCCAUUACGAUUUCGUUCGUGUUCCUGAGCAAUUUGGUGAGGUUUCUGAUGCUCUUACUGCUGAGCAGGUUCUUUCUGCUGGUGUCGUUGAUGGCAGAAACAUCUGGAAGACUGACCUUAACAAGGCUGUUGAUUUCAUCGAGGCUGCUAAGCAGAAGCUUGGUGAAGAUCGUGUCAUUGUUGCCACUUCUUCUUCUCUCCUUCACACUCCUGUUGAUCUCGAGAACGAAAAGAAGCUUGAUGCUGAAAUUAAGGAUUGGUUCUCUUUUGCCACUCAGAAGCUUUCUGAGGUUGUUGUGAUUGCCAAGGCUGUCACCUCUGGCCGUGAUUCUGUCUCUGCUGAGCUUGAGACCAACGCCAAGAGCAUUUCUGCUCGUGCUCAUUCUAAGAUCACUAACGACCCUGCUGUUCGCUCUAGACUUGCUGCCGUUACUGAGUCUGAUUCUAGCAGAAAGGCUCCUUUUGCUGAAAGACUUGAGGCUCAGAAGUCUCUUAACCUUCCUCUUUUCCCCACCACCACUAUUGGUUCUUUCCCCCAGACCAAGGAAAUUCGUGUUUACAGAAACAAGUUCACUAAGGGAGAGAUCACUCCUGAGGAGUACGAGAAGUUCAUCGAGAAGGAGAUUGAUGAAGUCGUUAAGUUCCAGGAGGAAAUUGGCCUUGAUGUCCUUGUCCAUGGUGAACCUGAACGUAACGAUAUGGUUCAGUACUUUGGUGAACAGCUUAAGGGUUUUGCUUUCACCCAGAACGGUUGGGUUCAGUCUUAUGGUUCCAGAUAUGUCAGACCCCCUAUCAUUGUUGGUGAUGUCUCUAGACCUCACCCCAUGACUGUCAAGGAGUCUAAGUACGCCCAAUCUAUCACUAAGAAGCCUAUGAAGGGUAUGCUUACUGGUCCUGUUACCAUUCUCAGAUGGUCUUUCCCUAGAGAUGAUAUUUCUCUUAAGGAUCAAUCUCUCCAGCUUGCUCUUGCUCUCAGAGAUGAGGUUAACGAUCUUGAGGCUGCUGGUGUCAAGGUUAUCCAGGUCGAUGAGCCUGCUAUUCGUGAGGGUCUUCCCCUUCGUGCCGGUGCUGAACGUGAGGCUUAUGCUCAAUGGGCUCCUCUUUCUUUCAGACUCGCCACUUCUGGUGUUGACAACGAUACUCAGAUUCACUCUCACUUCUGUUACUCUGAUCUUGAUCCUGUUCACAUUAAGGCUCUUGAUGCCGAUGUUGUCUCUAUUGAGUUCUCUAAGAAGGAUGAUAACAAGUACAUUCAGGAGUUCUCUGACUACCCCAACCACAUUGGUCUUGGUCUUUUUGAUAUUCACUCUCCUCGUGUUCCUCCUCAGGAAGAGUUUGAGGCUCGCAUCAAUGAGAUUCUUAAGGUUUACCCCAAGGAGAACCUUUGGAUCAACCCUGACUGUGGUCUUAAGACUAGAAAGUGGGAUGAGACUAAGAAGCAGCUCACCAAUAUGGUUAAUGCCGCUAAGGUUUACCGUGCCAAGUUUUAA